AUGCGCGUGCCUGGGACUAUGCAAGCUGUCCUCCUGGCCUUCAUUGUUGAAGUCGCGGCCAAGGAAGAUCCAGACUAUAAGCCAUCCCUCAACUUUCGACCCAACAAUGUGACCCUCAGCAUCCUAGACAACUGGGUGGGAUCAUACUAUAACGGUACCACAAACGUGGAAUUGUCGUUUUACACUGGGCUGGGUUCGAAUUGGAGUUUUCAUUGCCCCAAUCUCGUCAACACAACGGUUACCAAACGGUAUGAUUCUACCGUGCUGGCCCUUACAGAGCCCAACACCUACAAUGUUGGCUAUGACCCAGUGAAUGCUUUCUUCACCAUGUGGCCCAACAACUUCAAUUUCUCCACAUUACCUGGUCCAAGCUGGGAUGGAUUACAAGAAGACGCAUCGUUGAAGUUCGCUGUGUUUUUGUCGGAUAAUGCCUUGCCCAUUCUCCAAGUGAUCAUCUUGCACAACCGAAGAAAGGAAGAACACUGGGUCAAAGAAUCCAUUCUAGGGCCUAGGGAUCAAUUUUCCAGACGCCUCCUGCCCUGGCUGAAACAGCUCUUCUGUGCCAUUGCACCAGAGAACGGGGCGAUCAUGACGGACGAGCUGCAAGCCUCCACACUGUUACAGUUGCUGGAAGUGCUCCCUGACGAGGCUCUCGUUGAUCUUCUAGCUAGCCAUUGUCCAGAUUGCCAGCUGCACGACCGCUGGAACCACAAUAUUCUCUACGCGUUGGCGCAUCGACCCACGGCACAAGCGUUGCAACUACUCAAGGCCCGCAACCUUCUACCGCAAUUGGACCUGAAUGCAACCGAUGACUACGGCUGGGGCCCCCCUGCACGUUGCGGCCACCCGCGGUUACAACGAGGUCGUGAUCUUUCUUCUCGUGCACGGUGCCGACCCCCAGCGGCGAAACGACCGAUCAGAGACCCCAGCCAAGCUCGCCGAGAUGAGCGGCGCCACCCCGACCAUCGCAAUCCUCGACCGUUGGGAGAACAGCCCUAUCGGGGUUCUUCAUCGGGCCUUCAUGGAACAGCACGCAACAGCUCUGCAGACCCACCCGGGGAUGGAGUGGGAGUGGGCAUUGCAGCUCUCAGUCUGGCGAGCAUUGGAUAA